CCUGAUUAUCCUGUAACCAGCAGGGACCUGUUAGAGUUUAGUUUACAUCUUCUUUAUUUUUAAAGGGUAUAACCAUGCUGAAAGAACUAAGUGCAGGUUUCUGUCUCAAGGCCUUUCUAGCUGAGCUGAUAGCGACCUUCUUGUUUGUUUUUGUUGGCUUGGGAUCAACUCUAUCAUGGUCAUCAGCCAUCCCAACGGUCCUUCAAAUAGCCUUCACCUUUGGUUUGGGCAUAGGCACUAUGGUACAAGCAGUAGGUCACGUAAGUGGGGCCCAUCUUAAUCCAGCUGUUAGCAUAGCCCUCCUCGUUGGGGCUCGGAUCUCUCUAGUUCAGACCUUUUUCUAUAUCAUAGCUCAGAUGUUGGGUGCAGUAAUAGGAGCAGCUUUACUUUCCGAGUUUGCGCCACCUGAAAUCAAAGGAGCAUUUGGAGUCAAUCUGCCAAGCAACAAUGCGACUCCUGGACAAGCCCUGGCCAUUGAGAUCGUCCUGACACUACAACUGGUCCUCUGCAUUUUUGCCUCGACGGACAGUCGGAGGUCAGAUGAUACUGGGAGUCCAGCCUUAUCCAUCGGACUUUCUGUGGUUUUGGGACACUUACUUGGGAUAUAUUACACCGGAUGUUCCAUGAAUCCAGCACGUUCUUUUGGUCCUGCACUAGUUAUGGGAAACUUUGAAUAUCACUGGAUUUUCUGGGUGGGGCCAAUAACAGGAGCCGUGCUGGCAUGCCUAGUUUAUGACUAUCUCUUUGCACCCUACUCGGUGAGCACCAGUGUGAGACUGGAAAUCCUGCGUGACAACAUUCUGCAUGAGAAUGAGAAAGAGGAGAGAAGGAAACACUCUGUAGGCCUCAAUUCCCUUUACAGCCAAUCAAAUCAUAAAGAGAAAGUGUAACAUGAUGCAUUG